AUGACGAGAAUUGAACCUUGGGCUCUUUGUCUGCAUUUCCUAUGAUGCUCUUCUUCGGGGAGUCCGAGGAAGAACUUUGAAAAGGAGACGGCUGGCGGGAGAUGAGCCCUAAGUAAAACCCGAAGCUGCUGAGCUCACAGAGAGAGGGAGAGAGAGUAAAAAAAUGGGAUUAAAAAAAAAAUGAGUAUUCUAAAUUAGAAAAACUCUUUUCGCAUCUUCUUCCUCGAUGCCAUCGAUGAUGCUGCUGCUAUGUAAACUCAUCACUCUCAUCCUCUUCCUCUCCUUUCUGCUCCUCUGCUUCCUUGCAGCUCCAUGGCUUCCCUGUUGCCACUGCAUCUCACCAGGCUUCUCCAUUGCUCAAAACCAGUUUAUUCGGACAAGAAACCCAGUAUUAGGACCGGGCCGUUGUACUCGUGGAAAUUUGGUGGGAAGGAGCGUGAAAAUUAUGACCUGUCAAAGGAUUAUCCGUCUGCAAAGUGUGAUCUUGUUUGUAAUCCUUCUUCAAGAUGGUUUCCCUGGAGAGUGUCGGCCUCUGCAGCUUCGUUUUUCUCUGAUCAAACCAACAGUGAGAACGCAUCUCCUCUAGUUAAGCAUUCUAGUCAUGGAGUGGAGUUCAAUCGCGUAAAUUGUCUCGUGUGGGUUCUCCAUGAAUCUGCGCGGAGCUUUUCUCUUGCCGUUGAAUCUCUCAAGUUGCCUGGAAGUGGUGCUGAGCUUUCAAAUGCAUGGCUUGGGAAGGAUGUGCAUGAAUGGCACAAAGUGGCCGGCUAUCAGGUCGCAGUCUACGCUUUGCUGAAAACAGCUAUUGGGGUGGAGUUCUUGCUUUCUCGGGAGCGUAGCAAUGGUCCUUUGCCUGUCCAAGAGAUCUUAGGCAAGAGGCUGAACUUUUUGGAGAACUACAUUGAAAUUCAGUUGCGCGAGAGACAUGCAGAAUUGGUAAAUUGGUUUAGACGGGUGGAACUGCCAAGGAUAGAAGCAUAUUUCGCUCCUCUGUUGAAGAAGUGGUCUAUGGAAUUCGCGGGAAGUGGCGUUGCAGGGAUCAUUGUUGCUAUAACUUGCUGUGCAGCAGUCAGCAAACUUGGUCCUCGACAAUCAUCAUGUGCGUCGGUCUCAUUAACGAUUGAUGAUAUUCUGGUUGAGCUUAUGGAGCUUUCCCAUAGGCUGGUAUCAGUUGAUAAGCUGUAUAAUUUAGCAGCAGAGGCGGGCUGCGAGUUACUCUUUCUGACAUACUUUGGGACAAAAAUUCUUCCCAGCAAGAAUGUUGAAGAACUAGAAUUUUGGAUUGGGUUGGCAAAGCAGAAGCUAUUAGUUGCAUUCCAUGAAGAGCCUGUAAUAUCAGGCCUGAAGGUUUUUCAGGACGAGGUGAAAGCUGAUAGUUUGGCUGUUCUUGGACUAUUUGCAUACCUGGGCAGAAGUACUAGAUUGUAUUUGUCAAAAAUGGGCAUAAAAGAUAUUGAUGAUCUGGUUAAGGAUUUCCUCAGUUACUUGGAGUGUGGCAUCCUUUUCAUACACCCUGAAUUCUCCUCCACGCCGGUUUACCAGCUCUUUAUGGAUGUAAUCAAAGAUGAAAUUGGAUGGCUCGACUUUUAUGCUUCACUAUCUUUUGUACGGAAUCCCGAGAGAAAGAGAUCCAAACAGCAUCCCAUACAGGCAGAGAAAGAAAUGAUUCUAUCUGCUGUGUUUACUGUCUGCUAUGAUGUCUUCUCUGGGUUCGCCCAUUUAAGCCGCUCAACUUUGCAACCUUUAGAUGCAGAAUUGCUGGCAUUCCUGCUUAGAAGUCAAAAUCUACUGGCGCUUUGUCUGGAAGACUAUUGGGCUGCCUAUGAUAGAUCAUGCAGGGAACCAGUAAAGAUUAUGGAGGCAGGAGUUAUUGAAAAUACAUCGAUUACAGUAGCUAGACCGCCAGCCAGGUUGUCUCCAGCUUUGGAAGCACAACAAAUGACUGUCUUGAUGGCACAAGAAUGUUUAAAGAACAGGUCCCUGAACCUGGCUCACAUGAUUAAGCCCAUCGGAUCUGCUGAAAUGGAUAGGAUGACCUCUUCAGGACUACCUACUGCUGAGCCCAACAUACUUUCUGAAAAUUUACUCAGGAAAUAUAGCGUGAAGUUUGUGUCAACGAGCUCUGAUCUAUGGAUGGGUACCCAGUUGCUCUUAAUAGACAUUACGGUGUCCAUGGAACUUCUCCUGAAACAGUGGCGAGGCCACAAGGUCUCAAAGCGGGAGCAGAAGAAGCUAAAGAGGACAUUAAAAGAUAUAGCUUCACUUAUCCCCGUGACAAUUCUGAUGCUGCUUCCUGUAACGGCUGUGGGUCAUGCGGCCAUCUUCACUGCGAUCAAGAAGUACUUGCCAUCCAUGAUCCCUUCUCCAUAUUCCUCGGAACGCUUGGCCAUGGUGAGACAACUAAGGAGGACUAAGAAGAUGGAAAUCCGAUUGUGGAGUAAUCUAGAAGAUCCCUCCUCCAGAAUGAUUUGAACCCGCUUUCCAACUCAGAAUGUUUUAGAUGUUUAACUAGGUAGUCGACAUCCACUGGAAUACGAAACGAACUGCUCACCUCACAUAAUGUACAGUUCUAGCAUAGGUUCGCUGAGCCGGGAAAACUUGGUGAGCAAUUAGUCAUAAGGACUUCUGUUUCGUUCUGUAUAAGAAGGGGGGCAGGUUGUAUCUCAUGUAUUAAUGUCUCACGAACUGACCUACUGACCAGCUAAUGGCCAUCGAAUAACUCCAAUAACCAUGCCACUGAAUAAAUUAUGCAGAUCAGUCACAGCAGAAAAAGCUCCUAUGCAGUUGAAAAUUUGUGGCA